GGCCCCCCCCUUCCUGGGCCCCCGCCCUGAAUAUCUAAAUCAAAGCCCCCCCCCCCCAGUUCUUUUUCUGUUGUUUUUCUUGGGGUCUUUCUGGAAGGGGAGCAGCCCCCAGCCUGUUGAGGAUUCCUCGCUUUGACCUAUCUGACUGUCUUGGACGCUGUAGAAGUCUGGAGAAGAUCCACCCUGAAUCUCUACAUUAACCACCACCCUCCUGCACUCCCCCCGGUUCCUUUCUGCUGUUUAUCUUUGGGUUUUUCUGGAAGGGGAACAGCCCCAGCCAAAUUGAGGACUCCUUGCCAAAUUGAGGACUCUACCUGGCUGUCCUGGAUGCUCUAAAAGUCUGGAGAAGAUCCUGGGAUUGUGAUGAGGGAACGAAGGGCUGGGAAGGAGGAAUUGAACCAGAGGCACCUUCUUCUUCAUCAUCAUCAUCUUCUUCCUCGGCCGAUUAACUGUCCUUCGACUGAGAUGGGUCUUCCUUUCGAACCGAGGCGACGUCUGGGUUUCCAGGGGAGCGCGUCAUGGCUGUGACGGCCUUCCUUUCUUGCUGGCAGAAGAUCCCGGUGGCUUUUCCCCGAGCGUCCUGGGAGGUGGAUCUUUUGGAAGAUUGAAAAAAAAAAAAAAGAACAAACCUGUGUGGCUUUUAAUUCUACUCUCCGUUGGAAUACGGCUGGAUUCUGAACUUGGGUGUGGAGUGUGGGAAAGUGACAGUCGCAUAAAAAUUUGCCCGUAAGAUGCAGAUUGGCUAAAAAAUCGUCCUGUUGCCGGGGGCUCCAAUGAGUGGCACACAGUCCGCAAUCACGGACAGGUUUCCCCUCAAAAAACCUACAAGGCAUGGCAGCAUUCUGAGCAGAGAGUCUCCAGCGGACAAGAAGCAGAAGGUUGAGCGCUGCAUUAGUGCCCAUGAUUUUGACCCAACAGAUAGCUCCUCCAGGAAGACAAAGUAUAGCUCAGAGGAGAGUAGAUCCGAGACAUAUGGUCUAGUUCAACGAUGUGUUAUUAUUCAGCGGGAUGAAAAUGGAUUUGGGUUAACAGUCAGUGGUGACAACCCUGUCUUUGUACAGUCUGUCAAAGAAGAUGGAGCAGCCAUGCGGGCUGGGGUUCAAACUGGUGACCGGAUCAUUAAGGUGAAUGGAACUCUGGUAACACAUUCUAAUCAUUUGGAGGUGGUUAAGCUGAUAAAGUCGGGUUCCUAUGUAGCGCUGACUGUGCAGGGGCGCCCACCUGGGUCGCCCCAGAUUCCACUGGCUGAUUCUGAGGUGGACUCAGCUGCCUUUGGGCAUAUGUCUCCCAUCAUGACAUCACCUCACUCCCCUGGAUCCUAUGGAAACACAGAGAGAAUUACCAGUCCAGUGCUGAUGGGGGAGGAAAAUAACAUUGUUCACAACCAGAAAGUAGAGAUUUUGAGGAAGAUGCUGCAGAAAGAACAGGAACGACUACAGUUCCUGCAGGAAGACUACAGCCGCGCUCCGGCUCCCCGACUGCUCAAAGAGAUCCAGGAAGCCAAGAAGCACAUCCCUCAACUGCAGGAGCAGUUGUCCAAAGCAACAGGCUCCGCUCAGGAGGUCGUUAUGUCUUCCAAAUCUAUAUCCGAAUCUUUGCAGAUCACCGAGGUGGAAGCUGAGAGGAGGGAUGGACCAAACAGAGGAGACUGUCAUUUUGGGGAUGGCCCCCAGGUGAAUGACACAGCAGAGAGUCCUCGCAGUGUCUUGAAAGAGCAGAGCUAUCUGGAUGACAGCCCAGAGAAGACUGAGACUCAUGAAACAGAUUCUCCAUCCAGCCUUGGAAGCCCUUCCUCUCGUGUGGCACCUCCAAUCAUAGGAGCAGAAGAUGAAGACUUUGAUGGUGAACAAGAACAGAUCAACGGGCAGUGUAGCUGUUUCCAGAAUAUAGAGCUACUGAAAUCACGUCCUGCUCACCUGGCUGUCUUUUUGCAUCACGUCAUCUCCCAGUUUGACCCUGCUUCUUUGCUCUGUUACCUGUUUGCAGACCUGUACAAACAAACAAAUUCCAAAGAGACUCGCCGAGUGUUUGCUGAAUUUAAUCAAUUUUUUCUGGAUCGAGCUGCAAACCUGAAAGUUCCAGUUCCAGAUGAAAUUGCAAGUGAUUUAGAAAAGAGAAGGCUGGAAUUAAUUCCUGAAGAAUUGCACCGCCACUGUAUUCAAGCUAUGCAAGAAAAAGUGUUUCUUGAAGUACAAAAGCACCUUGAAGAUUUUAGACAGAAACGCAGCAUGGGACUCACACUGGCAGAAGGAGAACUGACCCGGCUGGAUGCCGAACGUGUUCAGGACCGGAUGACCUUAGAGAAGGAGAGAGCGUGCGCAGAGCAAAUCCUGACUAAAAUUGAAGACGUGCUGGUGUCCUCUCAGCCUAUAGAAGAGGAUAAGAGUUCAUCUAUACAGUAUGUUGUUCUCACCUACAUGAAGCACCUUGGUGUAAGAGUCAAAGAACCCCGGAAUCUAGAUCAAAAACGGGGACGGAUUGGAUUCCUGCCAAAGAUAAAGCAAAGUAUGAAGAAAGAUAAGGAAGGGGAUGAAAAGAAGAGGAGAGUCUUCUCAAAUAUCCUGGGACCUCCAAGGAGGCCGAGCCGCCAUGACAGCUAUGCAAUAGGCAGAGCCAUGGAGAUACAAAAACAACGCCAUCCAAAGCACUUAUCCUCAUCGUCUUCGGUCAGUCCAGAACCACCUGAUUUGGUCAAGAUGCGCCAAAGUGGGAUCAGUGAAGGCAUGGAUUCAGCCUUCCAGCCUGCUAACUUUGUAUCUCCAGCAGCUUCUGGAAUGUUUCUAUCUCAGGAAGGCAGCAAAGAUGGUGAAACAGGGCCAAAACAAGUUGGAGAAACAAUGAAUUCUGGUGAUUCUGUGGAUGGCACACCUUGUACACCUAGCAUCAUAUUUGAUUUUCCAUCUCCUCCCCUGGACCAUUUGCAAGAAGAAGAAGGAGAAGUUGAUAGGUUAGGAGAAUCAGGGACUCCAAAACCUUUCCGCAAGGUGGACAGUGUGAGUGCAGGGGAUGUCCAGAGUGAAGAUGAGCUCUUCGAUUUUGACAUGGAGACCGACCAGCCCAACUGGCAGCAGCUGGUGAGCCGUGAAGUGUUGCUUGGCUUGAAACCAUCUGAAAUUAAACGCCAGGAAGUGAUUAAUGAAUUAUUCUACACCGAACGUGCACAUGUCCGUAAGCUGAAAGUCCUGGACCACUUGUUCUACCAGCGUGUGUCCCGCGAAGGGAUUCUGACAGCUCCUGACCUGCGGAAAAUAUUUUCGAACCUGGAGGAUAUCCUCCAGCUUCAUACUGGACUGAAUGAGCAGAUGAAAGCAGUGAGGAAAAGAAACGAGACAUCUGUAAUUGAUCAAAUUGGAGAAGAUUUGUUAACUUGGUUCAGUGAAGCAGGCGAAGAGAAAUUGAAGCAAGCCACGGCUACCUUCUGUAGCAACCAGCCUUUUGCUCUUGAGGUGAUCAAGUCAAGGCAAAAGAAGGAUUCUCGCUUCCAGAUUUUCGUCCAGGAAGCUGAGAGCAAUCCGCUGUGUCGCCGAUUACAGCUAAAAGAUAUUAUUCCCACUGAGAUGCAACGGCUCACCAAGUAUCCCCUCUUGCUGGAUAAUAUUGCAAAGUACUCAGAGCAACCUUUAGAGAAGGAAAAAGUGAAGAAAGCAGCAGAUCACUGUCGCCAGAUUCUCAAUUUUGUGAACCAAGCUGUCAAAGAAGCCGAGAACAAGCAGCGUUUGGAGGACUACCAGCGGCGGCUUGAUUUGUCCUACCUGAAGCAGGUGGAGGGCCCUCUGCUGGAUGAAUUCAGGAAUUUAGAUCUAACGAAGAAAAAAAUGAUUCAUGAAGGGCCUCUGACUUGGAAGGUGAAUCGUGACAAAAUGAUUGAUCUCUAUACGUUGCUCUUGGAAGAUAUUCUGGUAUUGUUGCAGAAGCAAGAUGACAGACUGGUGUUGAGAUGUCACAGCAAGAUCCUGGCUAAUACAGCUGAUAGCAAGCACACAUUUAGCCCUGUUAUUAAACUGAACACCGUUUUGGUUCGCCAAGUGGCUACAGAUAAUAAAGCAUUCUUUGUCAUUUCCAUGUCGGAAAAUGGAGCCCAGAUUUAUGAACUGGUGGCACAGACAGUUUCUGAAAAGACAGUAUGGCAAGACCUCAUAGUACAGAUGGCAGGAAACGUCAAAGUUGGAAGAGGCAGAAAUGUAAUUCCAUUGCCACAAUCGGGACCAUGCGAGGAAGACCACGAGGAAGAAGAUGACCAGCCUAAAUUGAAGGAAGAACAGACUAGCCCAGAUAGCAGCAAGCAAAGUCCAGAUAAAGAUUUGGGGCUGAAGACUUCGUCUCCUUCAGUAACCAUGUCUGAGAAGUCAGAAGAGGAAGAACUUCUGGAAGCCAACAAGCAGUUUGGAGAAAAACUGCCAGCGGACUUAUUGAUCAAAGAGUCACCAGAACAUUACAGCCAAAGUAGUCCAGAGCUCUCAUUCCAAGCUUCAGAAAAUCGAUGGGCAUUGGAUGCACUAAGAAACUUGGGUUUAUUGAAGAAGUUACUGAUGCAGCAGCUUGGCAUGUCUGAACAAGUGUCCCUUGAAGACUGGCAUCCUUUUUCUGACCAUAGAAGAGACCUGCCAGGGGCCCCUGAGGAGAACAUUGUCAAGAGAGGACUCCAGUUCUCAGAUAACGACGACAAUGCCCUCUCUGGGCCUGGAAGGACACCCACGGGGACAAAAGCAAAUGACUUUGAACUUAGUUGUGACAAAUGGCCUUCAAACGAAUUGGUCUCACCAGGGGAGGCUGUGUCGCCUAGCGGGCAGUUGAUGGACCCCUUGAGAACAAACCCAGAGCCCCCAGCCAAGGAACUGGAAGGAGGAACCAGUGCUGCUGAAGAGGGUGGGGAGCACUUUUUUGAUGCUCAGGAAGCUCACACCGAUGAGAACCCAUCCGAAGGUGAUGUGGGAGAUGGGAAAGAGAAGGAAGAGGUGCAGCUACGGAUCUCAGGAAAUUAUUUGAUCCUUGAUGGAUAUGGCACAGUACAGGAGAGCUCCACCGACGAAGAGGUAACUUCGCUCGUUCUACAGUGCACUGCAGACAGAAGCACAAUGGACUCUGCCCACCAACAACCCAGGUCUCGGGAUGGCCAGCCAGUUACCGCCAGCUCACCAUUUACAGAGGAAUUGCUAGCCUCCCACUGGCAAGCUGCCAAGGAAUCCAGUUCAGAAGCGUUAAGAACGUCCUUCUCUGUCGAGUCGCGCACCCUGAUGAUGUGUUACAUCCAGAACAUAGAGGCCAGCCUUCAGCAUUUAAAGGAAGUGGAGGAAAACUACGCCGCUCUUCUUCAGCAUAGGCUCUCUGGCUCCAUCACCACAGAUGAGCAUUCAGAUAAAAGUUAAUCACCUGCUUGCCAGUCUGGAGAUUGGAUGGAACCUUCUGCCUUGAGUCAGCCUCUGCUAGCCUCAGCCGGCCUCUGCCUGGACUCUCUUGGCCUUAGGCCUCUUUCAAUGGACCCUUCAGGCGAGGGGGGUGGGGGACUCCACAUAGUGGAGAAGGGGGCAGUUUUUCCUUUGAGGUGUCUGCACUAGCCUUUCAGGGAGAGGGUGGGGUGAUUUUAGUUCCCCUCCUCUUGCUACCAGAAAUUCUUUUUGAUUCCAAACAGAGGAAAAAAAGAGGAACAGAAAGAAGAAACCAAAUGUAUAAAGUUCUGGGUGUAGGAUAUAAAAAUGUAUCUAUACAUUAAAAAAAAAAUCAAUGUAUUUAUUUGACUUCAUUCCGUGUACUGAAAGCACACUUUAAUUUGUAUUUUAUUUUGCUUUUUAAAAAAAAAUGAUAGUGCCAGUUUGCUAGGUUCCCAGCAUCUCUCUUCCUCUCCUGAACCCUUCUUCUGAACUGAGGUGUGUGUGUGUGUGUGUGUGUGUGUGUGUGUGUGUGAUUUUCCCCCUGGAUUCUGCCAACAAUGUUCCUCAGAAGGAGUUUUGUGGGGGGAGCGAAAUCUAGCAGCAUGCAGACGGCCUUUCUUCUUGUGCAAUUCUGUGUACACUACAUAGCCAGGGAAGGAUUUCAAACUGGCAGCCAAAUUUCUCUUUGUUUUUCCUGUGUUGAAUUAAAGAGAGAUAAGGAUCAGAAUUUGGGAGCUGUGUUCCCUGCCCAGGUACUGGUUUUAUUGUGACUUCCUUUUGAAAGCAAUAGCUCGAUAUUUGUAGCCUGGAGUGGGAGCGGAGGUAUUUUGCCAGUUAAGAGAAAGCGAUACAUUUGUCAGAAAUUUCUGAGGCCGCCGUGUUUCUAAUGAACUGUGCAGUGUAACUGCUGCAGAAGAUAGCCACUAUGUUGGAAGGUAGGGGCCAGAAUUGUUCAGUGUCCAGAAGUGUGCCUUACUGACCGGUGUGGGUAGUAGACUGAGCGAGACCUAGCUUGGAAUAGUGCUGGGAUUUUUUUUUUCUUUUUAUGCAAAAAACGCUCUGAAAUCACACUAGGAACAUCUGCAGUAGAAGAAUCAGGAACAGAUACCACCUCUGGGUAUAAUAAUCUCAAUGCAGGGCUGAUAUCCUGAUGGAGCUGGGCCUUUUCAAGCUUU